GAUAAUCUGUGUAUGAUGAUGAUGAUGUUGUGUGUUCUUGGUGAUGAUCUGUGAUUGGUCCCCUGCUCCAUUUCUUCUUCUUCUUCUUCUUCCUCUCUGUUUCAGAACAGAGAAAAGAAGAAAAAAAAAAAAAUUCUAAAACGAAACUGUUUGUACUAACUUGUUAACCAACUUUCUAGCUAAGCACACAUCAAGAAAGAGGGAGAACACCGACUCAAAAACAAAAGAAAGGAAGAUGAAGUUGACCUGGAAAAACCAGAACAAGAAACACAAACGCCCGCUCCUCUCCAUUUCAACCCUCCCUUUCGAUCAAAACGAUGAUCGCAUCAUCAGCAACAGCGAAGACCGAACAAGAUCUGAUAAUGAUACAGACCAUAACAUCGAACAAGCUCAAGCCCACCAUCACAACGACACCGAACUCGCAGAAGCCUUUCACGCACAAGGAAACAAACUCGCUGAGGAGGUACCAUGAAGCUCUUGGGAAGUGGGAAGCUGCUAUUACUUUGAUGCCAGAAAGAGCAGUUUUACAUCAGCAGAAGGCUCAAGUUUUACUUGAAAUUGGAGAAGCAUGGAAUGCUUUGAAGGCGGCAACUCGAGCUACUGAAUUGGAGCCAUCAUGGGCUGAGUGGGCUUUGAAGAUUGAAAAUUUCAAAGAGUUGGCUAACGGAGAUGAGAUUGGACUUAUGGAUGCUGUUAAGAAUCAACCUGUGGGUGCAACACUUUAUAUCACCCAUGAAUUACUAGAAUACAAAGAGGUUUGAAAACAAAUUUAAUGAUGUAUUGUUUUAUUAGUUUAAUUGUUGUCUCUCUAUAUAAUGUUCUUAUGUUAUAUUGUUUUUUUAAUUAUUUUAUUUUAUGAUUAUGAUUAGGGCAUAUGAAGGACCACUAUGUGAUUCAAAGGUAAAAGUUAUUCAGUUGGGGAAGUGAUGAAGUUGGGGAAGUGAUGAUGAGACUAAGAAAAUUUUCUGGUGGAUCAAGAACUCAUGGGUCGUCAGUUGCUGAAUCAAUGGAUUUGCAAAAGUUGUUCGGAACUCUAACCUUUCAAAAGGCAGUGCACCUGUUUUGUUUAGUGCAUCAUACCCUAUUCUGUUUUGAGCUGAAAAGCCAAGUAACCAAGUAAAUGGCAUAAUCUUCUCUUGUUUGGUUACUUGGCUUUUCAGUUCAAAAUAGAAUAGGGUAUGAUGCUCUAAACAGAACAGGUGUACUGCCUUUUGGAAGGCUAGAGUUCCGAACAACUUUUGCAAAUCUAUUGAUUCCCCAACUGACGACCCAUGAGUUCUUGAUCCACCAAAAAAUUUUCUAAGUCUCUUCAUCACUUCCCCAACUGAAUAACUUUUUACCUUUGAAUCACAUGGUGGUCCUUCAUAUAUGCCCUAAUCAUAAUCAUAAAAUAAAAUAAUUAAAAAAGCAAUAUAACAUAAGAACAUUAUAUAGAGAGACAACAAUUAAACUAAUAAAACAAUACAUCAUUAAAUUUGUUUUCAAACCUCUUUGUAUUCUAGUAAUUUGUGGGUGAUAUAAAGUGUUGCAUCCACAUGUUGAUUAUUAACAGCCUCCAUAAGUCCAAUCUCAUCUCCGUUAGCCAUUUCUUUGAAAUUUUCAAUCUUCAAAGCCCAUUACAUAUUACACACAUACAAAAAAUUAAAAAUUCAAUAAUAUUAUUUAGAAUGAAAAUUAAUGUUUUUCAUUAAAAAAAAUUAUAUAGCAUCUGCCUCCAUUCUUAUUCCAAAUUGCAUGGCGUACUUGUAACCUUUGUUUAUGGAACAGGUAUAGCAACUUUCUUCCUCUGGUUUCACACAAUUUACUAACUCUUGUACUGAUAAUUGCAAUAAUUCUGUAUAUAUUAUUGACUAAUUCAAUAGUGGCAGCAGAUACCAUUGUUCAAUGACAAUCUAUAAAAAUAAUAAAUAAUUAAAUACAAAUAUUAUAGUUUAAAAUUAUUUUAAAAAAUCAAGAGUUGAUAUUUAAUAUUCUUACUGUAACCAGCUUGCUUCCGAACUUUGUUUAAAAUUCCUUCUUCCAUCCAAUUCACAUGGAUACUAGGAGAAUAUGCACCCUAUAUAAAAAAAAAAAAAAAAUUAUGACAUACUUCUGUUAACAUAAUCAAUCAUAUAAAACUUCAACUAAUAAGCACUUUAUUUAAACUAAAAAAUUAACAUGAUUUUGGUUGCUAAAGUAUGCACAUGGUGUCACUCUAAUCCCUAAAUGUGUAUAAAAAUGCUCUCCAUAUCAAAAGUUGUUCGAAUUCAUCAUUAUAUUUUAGGGUAUUUUUGGAUGUUUUUGUUGGGCUCAAUGGGGUGAUCUUUUUGAGUUGUGACAUAUAAAUCAUAGGAAAAGAACAAAAUCUUUAUUGAUAAGAAUUGAGGUAAAUUUUUAUAUAAAAACCAAAUCAAAAAAGAUGAAACGGGGAGUACUAUAAUUAUCAAAGCAAGAACCUUCUUAUCUCAAUUAGGUUAGUAUAAAAAGGCAAGCCCAAUCAUUUGUAGCACAAUCUACCGGCAUUGGUAAAAAGAAUUCAACUAACAUGGAACUAAGAACAAAAGGAAAAUAAGAAAAAAGGGGAAAGCUCUCAACCCACCACGGUACAACUCUAAACAAACCCGAAGUUCAGCAACCACAUCGAAACAGAGCCAUCCAAGAACGAAACAGAACCAUCUAAGAGCAUCGAAAGGUUAAGGGUCCAACCUAAGAGAACCCUUUGACCAUUAUUUUGUUGCAAUCACCUUAUGUUCGAAACAUGUAGUAAAUGUCUUGGAAGGAUUUUAUGAGGCAUUAAUUUGGAUAUCUAAUAUUUGUACUGCAUGGAUAUAACCUUAAAUUUAGAAAGUGUUAUGUGAUUGAAUUCAUGUAUGCUUGUAUGUUUGGGCUGUGCGUUGUGAGGCUAGGAUAUUUUUUUGAACAGGCUGUUUUGCUUAGCAAAGCAACAACAGACAUGGCUUUUUUGAUGAAAACUAGUAAUGAAAUUAAGUUUCAUUCUUAUAGGUGAGGAAUCGGCAAAAUAUAAAGGUAGCGUUUGGUUGUGUUUUCAAAUUGUAAUUCCAAUCAAAAAAAUUUUAAACUUAUAAUUAAACACACAAUUCAGAGCUUAAUUCAAAAAUUAUUUUCAAAAUUUAUAACCAAAUAAACAACUUAAAACCAGCGGCAGAGGGACAUAGGGGUGAGGAGGGCCAUGUGCCCCCCUGACUUUUCAAAUUUUUUUUUUUUUUGGGUGUCUUAGCUUACACACAGUCUUGCCCCUCCUAUACACAACACUCCCAAUUUUACCCAAACACACUAACACAUGCACCCACAUUUUGUUUUGUUUUGUUUUUAGUCCCAAUCCCAAUAAAACAUUGACACAACUGUUUUUGGGUGGAGUGCACAUAACUCUAAUUACGGCAAGGCUAAAACCUUUAAAGCGUGUGAAAUUCUUUCUGUUUUUAUUUAUGUAUUCACAGUACUUAUUAAGUGUCUUCAUAUUUUCUGUCUUCUUUGUCUCCCUUUGUUGCUUUGCAAUUUAUCGACUCGCAAUUUAUCAGAUUAGGAUCACACACAACAUAGAUUUGGGACCACAUUACAAUCUUGGUAUAGAUUUGGGACCACAUUACAACCUUGGUAUCUUCUCUUCAUUGUUUACAGAUAACUUUAUUUAUUAAUUUUUACUUUUAAAUAAAAAUUAUGAGUAUUAAUUUAUAUUUAUUUAUUAUUUUUUGCAAUUUUAUUUGUUAUUAUUUAUGUUAAAAUAAGAGAUUUUGAUGUGCUAAAAUUAUUAAUUUUAAUUGGUGGUGAUUUAUAUUAAAAUUAGGGAUUUUGGUUUGUUGUUUGUGCUAAAAUUAGGGAUUUGAUUUGUGCUAAAUUUAAAAAUAUGAAUUUGUAGUUAUUAAUACUUAAUGAUCAACUUGAUACAUAUAUUAUCGAUAUGCUAUCCAGUAGUGAGUUUUCAAGGUUGAAUGAAAUUGCCGAUCUUACUAAGAAAAUGGUGGAGACUGGAAAAGACAAAGUAUAUCCAUUGGUGUAUUUGCUCCACUUUAGCAUUAGUCUUACCUGUUGCAGCUACUACUAUUGAGAGAGUAUUUUCAGCUAUGAAUAUUGUGAAGAAUCUGUUACGGAACAGAGUGGGUGAUGAAUGGAUGAAUGAUAGAUUGGUUGUCUACAUUGAGAGAUUUUUGAUGGCAUUGACAAUGAUACUAUCAUGGAAAAAUUUCAAAAGAUGAAAAUUCGUCUGGGUCAACUGUAAAAGUUUAAAAUUAAAAUUUUUUUGUAAUGAAUAUUAAUUUUUUAUAUUUAAUAUUAGCUUGAAAAAUUAUUAUUAUGUUAAUUGUUAUUGAUUGGGGAAGAAAAUUUUUGAGAAUUUAAUUAAUAAGUGCGCCCUUAUAUUAAAUUUCUGGCUCCACCACUACUUAAAACUAUUUUCAAAAUUCAAAACCAAACUUUUUUCAAAACUCUAUUUAAAAAAAAAAAAAAUUCAAAAAAAUAUUUUAUUAUUUUAUUAUUUAAAAUUAUUUUUAAAAUUAUGAUUUGAGUGUGGAGUCGUAUUUUGAAUUAUGAGUUUUGAAAAUAGAAAAUUUGUUUAAUUAUGAGUUUUGAGGAGAUUAUUUCAUUUAUACCCUUAUACUAUUACACGAUUUUCAAUGAUCCCCAAACUACUAUUAUUUUCAUGCGUAUCUCCAUACUAUUUAAGUUACUAUUAAUUUUGCCCCUGCCAUCACAUUUGAAAUUUGGACUCAAAUUUCAAAAGAAAGAUGCAAACCCACAAUUUCUUACCACCAACCACCACUUCAAGCCCUUUUAUCUCCUUCGUUAUAACCUCGUUUUGCUUCAUUUUUACGUCGUUAGAUUCAACUCGGCCUAGUUUUCACACGUCUUGUUCUUUCUCUUUUUGCAUGUUAUCGGAGCUCCAAAAAUUGAUAAAAAAAAAGAAAAGGUUUUUCUUUUCGUUUUCGAUUUUUCUUCGAGCCAUCUGUCGGACUUCAUAUGUUUUUCGAUUCUUGACGGUUCUAUUUCAUUUUUUCACCAUUCUCUUCAUUUCAUUUCCUACUUCACCCUACACUAUCUCACUUUCUUACUUCAUCGUGUAAUGGGUGAUUUUGUUAUGCCGAAAGUAGUCCGAAAAUUAAUUUUGAAAAUUUCAAAACAUUCAUCUUUUGUUUCUUUCUCCUCUCUUUUCCUCAUUCUCAUUCUUCUUCUUCUUCACUUAUAACAUGAUGUGGAACAUGGCUCUAGGUGGUAACAAAACUAGUGAUAGUAGUGGUGGCGGUAAUGUAGUUCGGUGGCAGGUAGUGAUCUUCUUCUUCUUCAAUUAUCCAUUUAAGCUUUUUCUUUAUUUUAGUGGGAAAGAUGAAAGAAAACACAAUUCAAUAAUCAUAAUAUCAUAUUUUCUACCACAAAGAGAUCUAGAGAGAGAGAUAGCGAUUAUUGCUAUGUUGGUUGCAGAGGAGUAUGAGAGGAAGGUGAAGAAAUCAAAGACAAAAUGAAAAUGGGUUUGAAAGUGAUCAAGCGAUCAACUUAUUUUCUGUUGUAUCUGUCUUGGUUCGUAAUCGGAGGAGGCUACAUGAUGAUGAUAAACCUUCUUGGAUCAUGAUAACGAUGAAGAAUUUUGAGAAAGAAGAGAAGAAGAAGAAAAUCAUGGAGCUAUUUAAUUUCAACAGGGUUAUGGAAAUAGAUUAUUGAUAUGUAUGUGUGUGUGUAUAUAUAUAGAGAGAGAGAUAUAUAUUUCUUCAUCACCUUCAUAACUUCACCAACAUCAUCACCCGAACCACCAACUUCACCGCCUCCGAACUUCAUUACAGCCACCAUUAUCAUUACCAUCACCACCACCUUACAACACCAAACCCACCUUUUUCACAACCAAGUUCCAUUACUGCCACCAUGAGCAUUACCAUCACUGCCACUUUACAACACCAAACCCACCGCCAUCACCGGAUCGCCACUACCACCAUUACCAGCUCCAUUACCACCUAGAACUAUGUUCUACAUCAUGUUACAAGUGCAGAAGAAGAAUAAGAAGAAGAAAAAGAAAAAGAAUUAGGAAGAUGAAGAAGAAAGAAACAAAAGAUGAAUGUUUUGAAAUUUUCAAAAUUAGUUUUUGGACGACUUUCGGCAUACCAAAAUCGCCCAUUACACCAUGAAGUGAGAAAGCGAGGUAGUGUAGGGCGAAGUAGGAAAUGAUGUGAAGAGAAUGACAAAAGAAUAAAGUAGAA